CACAAUAGCACCCAUUCAGCUCAGCUCAUGUUUCCAGAAUCUUUCAUACUUCUUCAUUCUUCUUCAACCUCCACAACACAAAAAUCCCAUUUUUUUUAAAUCAAAAUCGAAAAAACCCAGAUUUUGUUUUUUGAUUUUGGGAAGAUGGGUAUCAUAAAGAGUAGCUUUUCGUUCAUAGCAGGGACGGUGUGUGGAAUAUACAUAGCUCAAAACUACGACGUUCCGAACAUCAGGAAGCUCACCCACGAUGCCCUCUACAAGGCCAAGCUCGUCGAAGAGAAGUACCGGAAGCCCAAAACCAACGCCGACUACGACGACGACGACGGCUAGGAUCCGACCCGACCCGACCCCGUUUUGUCAAAAUCCAACCAGGUCUUCAAGAUAAAACUCUUGUACUUUGAAUUCUAGAGGAAUACAAUGAAUUUUGAAUUCAGUUAGUGAUUGUGAAAAUUGUGUAAAUUUCAGUUUUUUGAAUUAUCAAUAAUUCUCUUUCUCUCUCUCUCUCUCUCUUUUCGUUUACCCAACCAAAAAAAAAAAAAACUCUCUCUCUCUCUCGCACAAAAAAGCGAUGCUGGUGAAAAUUGCAGAAACCCCCACAGAAGAAAAAGCAAUAUGAUCAUAGAUCGAAUCAGGUUUUGGGAUUUGAUCUUGGAGUGUUUGGCAUGGUAGUGAAUUUUUGGUGGGUUUUCAAUCUAACUUAAUGUGUGUGCCUGACUGGUUUGCUUCACUGCCAAAUUGUGAUUAUAAAAUGGGGAGAGUUAUGCUAAUGCCAUUCUGAUGAAAAUUUUGGAGUUGGGUUGUGGUGAAAAGGGUGAAUAUAGAGUUGCUUGUAAUGGGUGUGCGCUACUUAGCCGUGUCAGCGGCGUCUACAGUGCUAACUGCUAAGCUUUGUCUUUCUUCAAUUCUGGACUGAGUUGCUUUAGAUAAUCUUAAAUCGGAUGGACUAAUAGCUGAGAAUUAUAUUCAUUCGGAGAAUGCAAGCCGUGUCAUCAAGCUGCUCUCGGGUUCUUAUGCUACCAUUGGAGUGCUGACAAAUUUUGUGCUCAAUGUAUUUGUUUUACUAGUUCUGUGUCUAAAGGUUCAUUGUGGGAAUGGAAGGGCAUUCUUAUUCGGAAUGUGGGGUUUUCCCUGGACAUGGCAACAUUGUUAAUGGCACUUGGCCAUUAUGUGCAUAUUUGGUGGCUUCAUGGCAUGGCAUUCCAUCUCGUGGAUGCAGUCCUUUUUCUAAAUAUACGUGUAAAUAUUUCAUUCUACUCUCUGAUUUGAAUGUCAAUUUUAUUUGGUUAUCUGACAUUCAAUGUCAUGUUCAAUCUACAAUCAAUUUAGAAUUUCUGAUCAGGCCUUGCUAAGUGCUAUGUUCAUGCGAAUUAAGGAUUCAUCAAAUUGAGAAAAGCUUUAGGUGCUCUUCAUGCUGCCCUUCCUGAUGCAACUACUGAAGAGCUACAAGCUUAUGAUGAUGAAUGUGCAAUCUGUCGGGAACAUAUGGCCAAGGCUAAAAGGCUACACUGCAAACAUCUUUUUCACCUUGCAUGCUUGAAAUCUUGGUAUGAUUCAUGCUUUUUCUGAUUUUACACCUUUUGGUUUUGAACCCUAUGGAAGGUGGUCCUUGGAGGUUUGUUUCCGAACUUUAUGUCAUUGUAGUUUCUCUUGCCUGACUUGAAAUAAGAACCUUGCUUCCUCUAACUGAAAAAGCAUACAAAUUGGCUUUGGAGUCCACUUAGAUUAUGGGAAUCUUGUUCUCUUUUGUUUUGUCA